CUCUCUCUCUCUCUCUCCGCGCUCGCUCGCGUGGGGAAAGCACUUUGCAGCAGGAGCAGCAGGAGCAGAGAGAGGGAACGAGACAGAGAGAGAGAGAUAGAAAGAGGGAGCAAGGGAGGGGGGGCGAGAGAGAGAGAGAGGGAAGGGAGGGGGCGAGGACGUGCUCAGCCUCUGCAGGAUGGAGCCAAGCCCCGGCGGCUUCCCGGGAACUUCCCUUUGAGAGAGGGAGAAGAGCAGAGCAGAGCCUCGCUGGGCUCCCUGGCUGCUUCUCCGUCUCCUCUGCAGGAUCCUCUCCCUGCCAUGAGAGCCGCAGCCAAACUUUGCCCGCUGGCUCCCGGAGGAUGAGUGUGCUGAUGAGGCUGUGGGUGAUGAGGAUGCGGAGAGCGGCAUGAAGGCGGCGGCGGCGGCGGCGUUGGCGUGGCUGGAGAUUCGCAGGGAGGAGAGCAGAGGCAAUGGGCUCUUAAAGUGACCACAUCCCAAAGCCACCUCCCCAUCAUCCCCAAUCCCCUUCCCUCCCUCCUUCCCUUCCUCCCAGCUGCACAAUCAACAGGCGCCCAGAGGAGGAGGGGAGUGGGGAGGAGGCUCCGGGGCACCCAGCCGUGAGCGAUGGAUGUGGAUGAUACUCCCUGCCGCCUGCUGCUACUACUGCUGCUCACUCUCUGGUGGACUCCUCCGUCGGGCGCCCUCAUCAACCUCAAGUAUGCGGUGGAGGAGGAGCAGCGUGCUGGCACCGUGGUGGCCAACAUCGCCAAAGAUGCUCGGGACGCCGGCUUUGUGCUGGACCUCCGCCAGCCGGCCGCCUUCCGGGUGGUCUCCAACUCGGCCCCACACCUGGUGGACAUCAACCCAGGCUCAGGCCUGCUGGUGACCAAGCAGAAGAUCGACCGGGACCUGCUCUGCCGGCAGAGCCCCAAGUGCGUCAUCUCCUUGGAGGUCAUGUCCAGCUCCAUGGAGAUCUGCGUGGUCAAGCUGGAGAUCAAGGAUCUCAAUGACAAUGCGCCCAGCUUCCCCACUGACCAGAUCGCCCUGGAGAUCUCUGAGACGGCCAGCCCGGGGACACGGGUGCCACUGGAGAGUGCCUACGACCCGGACUCGGGCAGCUUCGGGGUGCAGAGUUAUGAGAUCACACCCAAUGACCUCUUUGGGCUGGAGACCAAGACGCGGGGUGAUGGCUCUCGCUUUGCCGAGCUGGUGGUGGAGAAGAGCCUGGACCGCGAGACCCAGUCGCACUAUAGCUACAUGAUCACGGCUUUGGAUGGGGGUGACCCACCCAACUUUGGCACCGUGGAGUUGAACAUCAGGGUCAUUGACUCCAAUGACAACAACCCCCUCUUUGAAGAGCCGUCCUACACCGUCAGCGUGCCCGAGAACUCUCCUUCUGGCACACCGGUGAUCAGGCUCAACGCCACAGACCCUGAUGAGGGCACCAAUGGGCAAGUGCUGUACUCCAUCCACAGCUAUGUGUCUGAAAAGGCCAGGGACCUCUUCCAGAUUAAUCCCCAAACUGGGCUGAUCACAGUCAUUGGUGCCAUUGACUAUGAGGAAGGCCAUGCAUACGAACUGGAUGUGCAGGCCAAGGAUCUCGGCCCUAACUCUAUUCCCGCCCACUGCAAAGUGACAGUCAGUGUACAAGAUGCCAAUGACAACCCUCCUCUCAUUAACUUGCUCUCUGUGAACAGUGAGUUGGUGGAGGUCAGUGAAAACGCUCCUCCAGGUUAUGUCAUAGCCCUGGUGAGAGUUUCUGACCGCGAUUCUGGUGCUAAUGGACGAGUGCAAUGCAAGCUGCUGGGCAGUGUGCCUUUCCGCCUGCAAGAAUACGAGAGCUUCUCCACCAUCUUGGUGGAUGGACGCUUGGACAGGGAGCAAAGGGACCAGUACAACCUCACCAUCCAGGCUAAAGACAAUGGGAUCCCCUCUUUGCAAGCGACCAAGUCCUUCACUGUCAAGAUCACGGAUGAAAAUGACAACCACCCUCAUUUCUCGAAACCGUACUACCAGGUCAUUGUGCAAGAGAAUAAUACCCCUGGGGCCUACCUCCUUUCUGUUUCUGCCAGGGACCCUGAUCUAGGCCUUAAUGGCAGUGUCUCCUAUCAGAUUGUGCCCUCCCAAGUCCGAGACAUGCCUGUCUUUACCUAUGUCUCCAUCAACCCCAACUCAGGAGACAUCUAUGCCUUGAGGUCCUUCAACCACGAGCAAACCAAGUCCUUUGAGUUCAAAGUCUUGGCCAAAGAUGGAGGCAACCCUUCCUUGCAAAGCAAUGCCACCAUCCGAGUCAUUGUCUUGGAUGUCAAUGACAACACCCCUGUGAUAACUGCCCCUCCUCUAGUCAAUGGGACUGCGGAGGUCUACAUCCCCAGGAAUGCCGGGGUUGGCUACUUGGUGACUGUGGUCAAGGCAGACGACUAUGAUGAAGGAGAGAAUGGGAGACUUUCCUAUGAGAUGGCAGAGGGAGACCGAGGGUUUUUUGAGAUUGACCAGGUGAAUGGCGAGAUAAGGACCACCAGAGCUUUUGGGGAGAAUUCAAAGACUACGUACGAGUUGAUCGUGGUGGCUCAUGACCAUGGGAAAACUUCUCUCUCCGCUUCUGCCUUGAUUUUGAUAUACCUUUCUCCGUCUCUGGACGCCCAGGAAUCCAUAGGAUCUGUUAACCUGUCCCUGAUUUUUAUUAUCGCCCUGGGUUCUAUCGCCGCCAUCCUGUUCGUCACCAUGAUCUUUGUUGCAGUGAAGUGUAAGCGGGAUAACAAAGAAAUUAGGACCUACAACUGCAGAAUUGCAGAGUACUCCUACGGGCAUCAAAAGAAAUCCAACAAGAAGAAAAAGAUCAGCAAGAAUGACAUCCGCCUCGUGCCGCGCGAUGUAGAGGAGACCGAUAAAAUGAACGUUGUGAGCUGCUCUUCCCUCACCUCCUCCCUCAAUUACUUUGACUAUCACCAACAGACGUUGCCUCUGGGUUGCCGCCGGUCGGAAAGCACCUUUCUCAAUGUGGAGAACCAAAACAAUAGGAACACGGGGUCCAACCACGUCUACCACCACACCUUCACGGGCCAGAGUCCUCAGCAGCCGGAUCUCAUCAUCAAUGGGAUGCCACUUCCAGAGACGGAAAACUACUCGUUUGAUUCCAACUAUGUCAACAGCAGAGCCCAUUUAAUCAAAAGCAGUUCGACAUUCAAAGACUUGGAGGGGAACAGCCUGAAGGACAGCGGGCACGAAGAGAGUGACCAGACAGAUAGCGAACAUGACGUCCAGCGUGGCCUGUACUGUGACACGGCUGUGAAUGAUGUCUUGAACACCAGCGUCACCUCCAUGGGGUCUCAGGUGCCUGAACAAGAUCAGAGUGAAGGCUUUCAUUGCCGGGAAGAGUGUCGGAUCCUUGGCCACUCUGAUCGUUGUUGGAUGCCCCGGAAUCCGGUCCCCAGCCGAGCGAAAUCCCCCGAACAUGGAAGAAACGUCAUGUCCCUUUCUAUAGAAGCCACCACUGUGGAUACAGAGCUUUACGAAGACUGUGGCGCCAAGAGGACUUUUGCGACGUUUGGCAAAGAUGGGAGCGAGCCUGUCUCCGAAGAGCGGGGCCCGGUCAACGCAAAAGGUAAAAGGACAGUGGAUCUCCCCCUCUGUAGCCCCAAAGUGAACGGCGCAGUCCGGGAGGCAGGGAACGGCUGCGAGGCUGUGAGUCCCAUCACGUCGCCUGUCCACCUGAAGAGCCCCUUGUCGAGCAAAUCAGUGUCCUUCAGCAAAACGCACUGCCCGGCAAACCGUGACCUGGAAUCGUUUGUAAACAAUGGCCCUUCUCGGCCCAUGGAGGCAGAGCCGAGAGGCGCAGACAGUGAAAACAUAAUGCAUGAGAUUAACCCUCUUCUGCAAGAAUGUAGAGAGAAAGACUCGCCCGGCGUGAAGAGGCUAAAAGACAUAGUACUCUAAAGCCACACUGGAGAGGAGGGGACGCGGGGCGGGGGCAGUACAGGGCGUAUGUAUUGUUUUUAACAGCUUACUGAUGGUUCACACAUUUGCUGUAAUUUAAAAGCUUUCCCUAAAUGUAUUGUUUAUAAAAUGAAGCUAUCCUUCAUGUGACAAUCCCACUUGGUUCAACAGGGGACAGGGGCGUUGGUCAGAGCAAAGCGAGCACCCUUUCUUCCCCAGUUUUCCUGUGUCUGGAGUGGCGGAACAGUGGCCGUUUGGUGAAUGGAAAUAUUGUCGAGAAAGUAUUUUGAAAUUAUAUAUUUUUGUAGCUCAAAACCUUUAAUGUGAAAUCCCAUUCUAUAUGAAGAACUGAGGGUUUUUUUUUCGUGUCAGGAGCAACUUGAGAAACUGCAAGUUGCUUCUGGUGCAAGAUAAUUGGCUGUCUGCAAGGAUGUUGCCCAGGGGAUGCCCAGAUAUUUUUGAUGGUUUACCAUCCUUGUGGGAGGCUUCUCUCAUGAAAAGCAUACUAUGAAAAAGGCACUGAAUGCCCCUGUUUAUUUAACCUGCCCCUUAUUAGAAUCAUAGAAUCAUAGAAUCAAAGAGUUGGAAGAGACCUCAUGGGCCAUCCAGUCCAACCCCCUGCCAAGAAGCAGGAAUAUUGCAUUCAAAUCACCCCUGACAGAUGGCCAUCCAGCCUCUGUUUAAAAGCUUCCAAAGAAGGAGCCUCCACCACAUUAUUAAAUCAAUAGGAGCCCUCAGUGGCACAACGGGUUAAACCCUUGUGCCGGCAGGACUGAAGAGCGACAGGUCGGAGGUUUGAAUCCGGGGAGAGCGUGGAUGAGCUCCCUCUGUCAGUUCCAGCUCCCAUGCAAAGGAGACAUGAGAGAAGUCUCCCACAAGGGUGGUAAAAUAUCAAAACAUCCGGGCAUCCCCUGGGCAAUGUCCUUGCAGACUGCCAAUUCUCUCACACCAGAAGUGACUUGUUUCUCAAGUCACUCCUGACAUGAAAAAUAUAUAUAAAUAAAUGGGGUGCCCAUUCCUCAUGGCAUAACAGCAAACUGGGAAGAUUCCUGUUUUGGUAUCAGAGCUCUAUGGAGCUGUGGCUUGUGAGUUUUCACCCUGAACCAGAGCUAAAUGUCUGCUUUGAGGAUGUUGCUCUUUUGCAAUGAACCGCCCCUGCCUUUAGAAUCCUUUUGCUGCCACUUGCUUCUCUGUACUAUUAUUGUAUUUGGUAUUGCAAAUUCCUGUAUGUCUAGUGAUGGAAAAGGCUUUGAAGUUUCUUGGUUCCUUUUUUUUGGGUGGUGGUUUUUCUACAAACAAACAAACAAAAAAAUUGUAAAAACUUGGGAAAAAAUGCAAAAGUUAGAGUGAGUCUUGUCACUGCUUGUCAUUUUGCCAAAUGUUUCUCUUUCUUUCCCCAUCAUUGUGCAGCGUUUCUUUCCCAUGUCAUUUCGGGGUUAUUCUGGCAUCUCAUUUGCAACUGUUAGAUACACAUGCUGAAAUUUUUAUGAAAUCAUUCCUUUUCCCCCCCUUGCAGUCUCAAGGAAAUAUGAAGCAUAAUUUCUCUAAAAGUAACACUGAUUUCCAGGAAUGAAUGUUUUCUGUUUUUUUUGAAAACUGUCAGAACCAGAAGAGGGGAAGGAUGCUUCUCAGCUUAAUGCAUAUUCACUGCCACACUUCCAUGACUUAAAAUAUUUCUCUCAUGUUUAAAUGCAUUUGCCCCAUCCAUUGUCCCAUUGCUGUGUAGCAUUGCCACACCAGUGAUGCUCAUUUAGUUAACUAAAGCCACUGGUAUCUUAAUGCUGUAUAAGGUGGCUCCCUUAAUGUUUUCAGAUGGCAUCUCCGAUGGUGUGUUAUUGUUGACUAUGCUGGCUUGGAUUUAUAGUUCUAUAGGUUUAUGUGGGAGACAUCAUGCAUAAGUAGACAUUAUGCUGACAUAAGUCUAUGGGCUGACACCAUGCAUAAGUAGAGUCCUGGCAUUAUAGAUUAGUCUUUUUUCUUAGAUGCAUUGUUCCUGAAUCCACCUCUUCUCAUUGUGUUUAUGUCGGCACAGUUCAGUUUCCCCACUUGCUCAAGGUGUAAGCAGUCAUGGUUCUCCAGAUGUGUUGGACAGCAUAGCCAAAGGGGAAGGAUGCUGGGAAUUGCAGUCCAACAACACCUGGAGAGCCAUAGCUGCCCAACCCUGGGCUAUAUUCAUGGUUGUCUGAGUUCCCAUCCCAAACAUGUCCAAGCUUUUCAAGAGAUCCCAAAUAGUGGCCUUUCUUCAUGACUAUACCAGAGAUGUCUAAACAUCUAAUACAGUGGUUCUCAACCUGUGGGUCCUCAGGUGUUUUGGCCGACAACUCCCAGAAAUCCCAGCCAGCUUACCAGCUGUUAGGAUUUCUGUGAGUUGAAGGCCAAAACACAGGUUGAGAAGCACAUGAAAUACAGCUCUUCCCAGUUCCCUCCUUAUCAGGUGACAUUGGACUAACCCUUUUACUUCGAGGCACCCCACCCACCAUCCCUCAACAGGUCCCCAACUUCCAGUCAGUCCCACUAAAUAAAAAGAAUCAGGAAAAUAAAGGAAAAUAAAAAAAGGUUCAAUUGUGAUACCGAAUAGAGGAGGCGGAACUGAGAUUGUCUGCCACUUGCUUUCGUAUCGGGCAGAUUUUCAUACCAGGAGGGCCCUUCCCGUUUCGAGUACCCGAACAAAAUUGAGAAACCGGUUUGACUGAAGGAAUGGCUAAAAACAGAUCCGGGCAGAAGUCUACAGCCAAGCAAUUCUAUAUAUGUCUGCUCAGAGUUAAAAUCAACUGUGUCCAGUGGGUGUUUUCUCCAUAGGAAGUGUGUUGUAGGAUUGCAGCUGUACUGGCUGAGGCAGUGUCUCUAUCAUUUGAAGCAAACUAAUAGCUGUAUCCAUAUCUUAUGAGUUAAGUAGGGCUCUGCAUGGUUAAAUUGUCAGACCUUUUGAUCAGAAGGGAUGCUUCUGUCAUCUGUCAGCCUCAGCCUCCCUGCCCCCUCUGAGCCUAGUUGCCAUCUUCAUAGUCCUUUUGGGUGGGGGACUGAUUUUCCCAGGAGUUGUGUUGCUUUUCAGAUGCAAGGGCAUGAUUUGGCCUAGAGAGAAUCUUCUAGUUUCCCAAAAGACAUGCACCCGGGUGAAUUAUUUUUUUGUGUCAGGAGCAAUUUGAGAAACUGCAAGCUGCUUCUGGUGUGAGAGAAUAGGCCGUCUGCAAGGACGUUGGCCGGGGAAUGCCUGGAUGUUUUACCAUCCUUGUGGGAGGCUUCUCUCAUGUCUGCAUAUGGGGAGCUGGAGCUGACAGAGGGAGCUCAUCCGCACUCUCUGUCGGCUCCUACUCGGUUGAGAUGAAAACGGAUGUGAUGGAAUCAACAUGGGCUGCAGGCAGUUUUGGAGUCUUCUUGGUGCAAUCGGUGAGAGGAUCAGUGCCCAGUCAUAGUUCUGCGCCUAAUCCGUACUUAUUUCAUAUCGCUCCAAUAUUUGCAGAGGUGAAAUUAAUUUGCCUUGCCGCAGGGAAUAGGGAUAAUACUCAAUCAAAUAGAACCUUGCUGAACGUAGCAUUUGUUGGACUUUCUUAGUUGGUCUGUAGAUUGUUUGUAGGUUGUGUUUCCUCAUCCUCAACCUUGUUUUGUUCCCCACUGAAGAUUUUCAGGGAGGGCUUGGCCGUUGUUCUUUCUGCAAACUCCUGCAUUUGAGAGUAUUUUUCUUUUUGCCCUGGAACAUACUUCUGUGGGCGCCGAGAUCAGUGGGAAAGGAAAUAUAUUGCUGUUUCAACACUUGCACUGCCAAUCAACAGAAAAUAAUGGUUUCUAGAGAAAUAAUCUUCCUGGCUCUAACCUAUCUUGAUAUAAAAAAAAUUUAGUCACUUUUGAUUUAUUUAAAUUAAAAAAAAUGGCUACAGGAAAAAACAGCCUCCAAUCUUUAUCGUCCCGAAAAUCAAAUAAGCUGGAGUAAUUUCAGUAGAGAAAAUGGAUAGGGCCUGGCGUUCUGCUUUUCCAUGCAGUUCUCUUAAUUUAUAGACUGUCAGUGUGUUUUAUUUGCCCAGUAAUUUGAAACUUUGUGUUUUUGAAAAAAGGAAUUUGCAAUGAAAUCACCCCACACACACGCUUCUAAUUGAUGUGGCUUAUUAUAAACUCUUGGAGACACAGCCGCUUGGGAGAUCCAAUCCAUGGAAAUUGCUGGUGCAAAGAACCGGGGAAAAUACAUUUGCAAAAGGCAUGCUGUGUGAUCAAAGAAUGCAUAUGGAUAGGGACUGGGCAUCAGAUGAACAGGAAGGACAGGCCCGGGGCUUGUUUCAGAAAGUGGGAACAUAUCUCUGACCAAUUAAAAGCCCCUUGGCAUUUGUAUUGCUUUGUAAGCAAAGACAUUGCAGUUUGGGUUGCAGUGAGUUUUCCGGGCUGUAUGGCUACGUUCCCGAAGCAUUCUUUGCUGACAUUUCACUCACAUCUAUGGCAGACAUCUACUAACACUGAGGCCUACUAACACUGCGGUUUACCUCACACUGAGGCCUCUCUCAGAAUUUAUUUAUUUAUCGUGUCAGGCAACCGAACAGUUGUAUUACAUUUUUGACAGAACAAACAAACAAACAUACAAAAGACACAGA